AUUUUUAUUUCCCUUUUGGCUUAAAUGCCUCCUUACCAGGUACCUCAAUCUGUCAAAAAAAUCUUUUAUUACUGUCAACUGUGGGGAGCUGUCAAAAACCUUGUUGGUCUGUGGUUUUGAAUUGAGGUUAUGUUUUGGUUAACGUUUUUAUUUAUUAUUGCUGUUGUAGUAUAUUAAUGUAAAUAGGUGAAUUAUUUUUAAUGGUUUAGAAUCUUAAUGUAAAUAUGUGGCGUCGUUAUUUAUUGUGGUUUGCGCACGAACAUAUUGACUUUCGACAUGCUGAAAUGCAAAGCAUUAUCUCCAUGUUAAACAUUCCAGUAAAAUAUAUCGAAGAGCCAUGCAUCAAGAAACCAUAUUGGAUUGUUGAAUUACCAACAGAAGAUCAUGUUAAAAAAAUAGCAAAUAGAUCAGUUCUUCUUAAAAGUUGUAUAGAACUGUGGUCACAUGCUAAAACCGAGACUGAGUUACAUGAGAAUUUGAAUCAGAGUGUAAAAAAUACUUCUGGUAAUUGGUUAACCACCCAAGGCACAGAUGUAAAUGGUUCUAACUCACAAAUUUGUCCAAGUGAGCUGAUCGAGGCAUGCUGUGAUAUUACAAAGUCAUUCAAAGUAGAAGUUGAAACAUUUUGUAAACAUUUCACAAUGAGCGAGAAGGUUCACAAAAUUGAGAAAUUCAGUUAUUUGCCACUAAAUGGUCCUGUAAAGUUAAAAAAUCCAAAUAUAACAUUGUCAUAUUUUGAAUUUUAUGGAGUUGAUCCAAACAAUGUGCCUGAUCAGCCUUACGAUGUGUUCUUUGGAAGAUGGGUAACAGAUGGCCAAAGAGAUCUUAUCCAACAACAUUCAUUAAAACGACGUCAUUUUAUUGGCAACACCAGUAUGGACGCCCAGCUAUCUCUGAUUAUGGCUAACCAGGCACAGAUAACAUCUGGAGAUAUCGUACUGGACCCCUUUGUUGGCUCUGGUUCCCUUCUUGUCGCUGCAGGACAUUUCGGUGCACACGUCUGGGGCUCUGACAUUGACUUCAUGAUGCUUCAUGGCCGGACACGACCCACUCGAGUCGGACAAAAGGUCCGUGCGAAAGAAGAGAGCAUCAGAGGCAACAUGAAGCAGUAUGGUAUAGACUCCCGCUACCUCGAUGUGGUUAUCAGUGAUUUCUCAUUACCCAUGUGGAGGGAAGGACUAAAGUUUGACGCUAUUAUAACGGAUCCCCCAUACGGUGUACGUGAACCUGCCGAAAAGAUUGGUAUUGAGAAGGAAAACUACACUCUCUCCGAAGAGCAUCAAAUCAACCACAUACCUUCCAAAGUGGAGUAUGGUUUGCCGCACAUAUACAGUGAUCUGUUGAACUUUGCCGCAAGAUAUCUAGAGGUUGGCAGGCGGCUUGUGUGCUGGUAUCCUUUAGUCAGAGAUGAAUACAAAGAGGAGGAACUUCCAUGUCACCCCUGUCUGCAGUUAGUGGGCAACUCUGAGCAGGUACUGUCAAAGCUGACUGCACGAAGACUGCUCACUUAUGAGAAGGUACAUGAUAAUGUACCCAAUAUGCCUGUAGACCCUAACUCAGCGGCACAUAAUUUCAGGGAAAAAUAUUUUACAAUCGGAGAAAUAUCAAGGAAGGAAAGGAAAGAGAGAAAAGCAGCCGAGAUAGAAGCAAACGCCGCGGCCAGAGCGCUAGCUCAUAAACAUAAAAAGUGUGUAAUGUAAAGGAAUCACUUAUUUAUAUAAUAAACGAAUUUUCAAUUUUAA